AGGUGUAUAAAAGGACCUUGGCAGAUGCUAACACCCAGACUCAAGUAACCUACUUCUUGACUUCUUCUGAACACUCCACUCCUGACACCAUGUGCUACUACGGAGGAUAUUAUGGAGGCCUGGGCUAUGGCUAUGGUGGCCUAGGCUGUGGCUAUGGCUGUGGCUAUGGCUGUGGCUAUGGUGGCUAUGGAUAUGGCUGCUGCCGCCCACUGUGCUGUGGAAGAUACUGGUCUUAUGGCUUCUACUGAGGAGAUUCAGCAGCUGCUCACUCCAACUUUCUUCACUUCAGAUGUCCCUAAAUAUCCUCAUCAAUUUACAAUAUCUGAGGAAUAAUAUGUGAAACGCAGCAUGUCCACCCUGUUCUUUCUCUCUAAUUUGAUUUCAUAAAUACUUGUAGCAAGGUUCUUCAUUCUUGCGAUAAUGCCUUGUAAAAUGUGGUUUGCUUGCAUUCUUUCUCAUAUAUAUGUUCUAUAAAUAAAUUUUUAGAAAUUGA